GCCCUUUCCCCUGUUUCCCUUCUUUAUUCCAGUUCCGACUGCCUCCGCUCCCUUCCCCGCUCUCGUGCAACCAUCCAUCGGAGCCAGUGAUCGAGAGAUCGAUCGUAGAGGAGCGCAAUGGCCGGGAUUGGUCCGAUCACCCAGGAUUGGGAGCCCGUCGUGGUCCGCAAGAAGGCCCCGAACGCCGCUGCGAAGAAGGACGAGAAGGCCGUCAACGCCGCCCGACGCAGUGGUGCCGAAAUCGAUACCGUAAAGAAGUCUAAUGCCGGUACAAACAAGGCUGCUUCUAGCAGCACAACUUUAAACACAAGGAAGCUUGAUGAGGAUACAGAGAGUCUCUCUCAUGAACGAGUGCCAAUGGAGCUGAAGAAGAAUAUCAUGCAGGCUCGAAUGGGUAAAAAGUUGACUCAGGCACAACUUGCGCAGCUGAUCAAUGAGAAGCCCCAAGUGAUUCAAGAAUAUGAAUCUGGGAAGGCCAUUCCAAAUCAACAAAUAAUCACCAAACUCGAAAGAGUUCUUGGGGUGAAACUGCGAGGUAAAAAAUGAUGGCAAGCCAGCGUGUCCUAUCAGCAAACGAGUCUAUAAUGAGUUUCAUGUAUGCAGCAUUUGUGUCUGUUUGGAGUUUGUGCAGUUUGGCUUGGUGCAUGAAGAAGACUCUUGUUGCUAAGGUAUGAAACUCUGUUGCCUAGGAGUGUUUUAACUCUUCUAAUUUGUUUGUUUAAUCUGUAACUGGAGAUCAAUGUGCAGUUUAUGUGGUUGUCACCUUUAUGACU